AUGGAAAAAGUCUGGUUCAAGCUACGUCAAACCGAUCAUUACCCUCCCCCAGAAGAUACUAUCCUUCUCGGCGACGGAGAUGAUUUGGAGGCGUCUAUAUGCCUAGGCCACUAUGUUUCAGGUCUUAAAAACCUCGACUUUCCGUUGAACCGUGGCUCCAUUCUGCCCUUUCCUCGCCUGAUGACCGUUCACAGAAACACUGUUCUCAAUUUCUCAUGGAAUGACAGCACAACACACGCACCAGGAAUUACCCUUGCUGCCGGUAUACCAGUACUUGCUACCGCUGGAAUAACCGUCAAGGCAAGCCUACAAACUGCCUUUAUGCAAACCGUUGAAAAUCAUGAGUCAUAUGAUCGGCUUGACACGUAUACGGUCCAGCCAACCGCGAGCUAUAUCGAAAAUUGUCUAGAUCGGGAAGAGCUGAAAGCUUAUGUGAAUGGCAGACCGUUUUGGUCCAUGUUCAUGAUUACAGGCAUCAAGGUUGCCCGCACCGGGACAAGAGAAACGAGAGAAGAAAACGCUCUAGUUGUUGACGUUGGCCCACAACUGGACGCUUUUGGUCUUGCUAGUUUGACAGCUACUACAAAUAUCAAGCGGGCUACUUCAAAAAGCGCUUCUGGGAAUUACACGAGAGAUUUUAUCUGGGCUAUUCGACUUGCAAAAGUGCACAAGGGGCUUUUGGUGAGGGAUUGGUCUGUUGCCGCAUAUACCAGGCGAGCCACAUUUGACGAUAAGGAGGGUGAUGCAGAUGUUGAGAGUGCUCUGCAGAGUGAAGGAAUGGACGAGUUUCAGAUUAUUGAUGACAAUGACCUGGAUGAGGCCAUCGUGCUGAACGAACAGUUUAUCUCAUGA